AUGGCCUCCGCCCUCUUCUUCCUCGACCUGAAGGGCAAGACCCUUCUGGCCCGAAACUACCGCGGAGACAUCCCCAUGUCCGCUGUCGAAAAGUUCCCUAUCCUCCUCAGUGACGCCGAAGAAGAAAGUUCCGCCGUGCCACCCUGUUUCUCCCACGAGGGCAUUAAUUACCUUUACAUCCGCCACAGUAACCUCUAUAUCCUCGCGUUGACCAAGAAAAACACCAAUGCGACCGAGAUCCUUCUUUUCCUCCACAAGAUCGUGGAAGUCUUCACGGAAUAUUUCAAGGUGUUGGAGGAGGAGAGUAUUCGCGACAACUUCGUCAUUAUCUACGAAUUGCUCGAUGAGAUGAUGGAUUUCGGGUACCCACAGACGACAGAGAGCAAGAUAUUGCAAGAGUACAUCACGCAAGAGUCGCAUAAGCUUGAGGUUCAAGCUCGGCCUCCCAUCGCCGUCACCAACGCAGUCUCCUGGCGAAGUGAGGGUAUCCGCUACCGCAAGAACGAGGUCUUCCUGGACGUUGUCGAAUCGCUGAACCUGCUCGUAUCGGCCUCCGGAAAUGUCCUUCGAUCAGAGAUUCUGGGUGCCAUCAAAAUGAAGUGUUACCUGAGUGGUAUGCCCGAACUUCGUCUGGGGUUGAACGACAAGGUUAUGUUUGAAACAACCGGUCGCGCUACCCGAGGCAAGGCGGUCGAGAUGGAGGACGUGAAAUUCCACCAGUGUGUUCGUCUUUCUCGAUUCGAGAAUGACCGAACGAUCAGCUUCAUCCCGCCGGACGGUGAAUUCGAGCUCAUGAGCUAUCGGUUGAACACGCAGGUGAAGCCUUUGAUUUGGGUGGAGUGUCUUGUCGAGUCUCACUCCGGCUCUCGCGUUGAAUACAUGUUGAAGGCCAAGGCUCAAUUCAAACGUCGCAGCACGGCAAAUAACGUUGAAAUCGUCGUCCCUGUCCCGGAAGACGCCGACUCGCCCCGGUUCCGAACCAACAUCGGAACCGUCCAUUAUGCCCCCGAACAGUCUGCCAUCGUCUGGAAGAUCAAGCAGUUUGGCGGCGGCAAGGAGUUCCUCAUGCGCGCCGAGCUCGGGCUCCCCUCCGUUAAGGGCGACGACGAACACGGCGGUGGUAUGACCGGUGGAUUCGGUGGCAGCAUGGGAGGUACUGGAUCUGGCAAAGCAAAGAGACCCAUUAACGUCAAAUUCGAGAUCCCCUAUUUCACAACGAGUGGUAUCCAAGUACGGUAUUUGAAGAUCACAGAACCUAAGCUCCAAUACCCCUCUCUCCCCUGGGUCCGUUAUAUCACUCAAUCGGGCGACAUUGCCGUUCGUAUGCCAGAUGUACAAUGA